AUGGCGCCCCACCCGCUGCCGCACCGCAGCAGCAGCAAUGCCGGCGCACUCGCCGCCGCCCUCGUCUUUCCCAUCGGCGUGCUCGUGUGCGGCGUCGUGACGCUGGCACACUCGGCCGAGGGCCUGCUGCGUGCGCUGGCCGCCGUCGCGCGCCGCGCCAAGGUCGACGAGGCGCUCGUCGCGCUGCUCACGGCCGGUGCCGAGUGGGAGGAGCUCGCGAUCGUCAUCGCCUCGCUCAUCCAGCACCGCCCGGCGCUGGCACUCGGCAACAUUCUCGGCUCGGCGCUGGCCAACAUCGGCAUCGGCUUCUCGCUCGGCCUGCUGUGCCUGCCGCGCUCGCGCCUGCCGCGCGUCUUCUCGCACUCGGCGCGCGUCUACACGCGCGUGCAGUUUGUGCUCACGCUGCUUGUCGUCGGCGUACUCGGCGCCUUCCUCGGCGUGGCGCCGGCGGUGCCGCAGAAGUGGACGCACGUGCUGCAGGGCCAGCAGCAGAUCAUCGGCGGCGCGCUCAUCGCCGUCUUUGUCGCCUACGUCGGCAUCACGGCGCGCGCCAUCUACCGCGGCGCGCUCGAUGCGCCCGAGGACAGCGACGCCGACAGCGACAGCGACUCGGCCGGCUCGGAUGCCGACAGCGACGACGACCGCAGCGAGCACUCCUUCGUGCCGCCGGGCCUGGCUGCGGCCGCCUCGGGCAGCGCCGUCAACCCCACCACACCGCUGCUGGCGCGUGUGCGCGCCCGUCCGCGCGUCUCGAUCUUCUCGCACAUCGCGCGGCUGCUCUUCUCGCUGCUGCUGCUGUGCCUCUCGAGCUUCAUCGUCUCGCGCGCCGUGUCGCAGCUCGGCGACCUGCUGCGCCUCGGCGACACGCUCGCCGGCCUGACGCUGCUCUCGCUCGCCACAACGCUGCCCGAGGCGCUGCUCGGCCUCGUCGCUGGCAAGCUGGGCCGGAUAGACGUGCUGGCUGCCGCGGCCGCCGGCGCCAACAUCUUCCUGCUCGGCGGCUGCCUCGGCGUCGUGCUCGUCUUCCCCUCGCCGGCCUACCCGAGCGAGUCGGCCGGCGAGCUGGCGGCCAUGCGCGGCGGCCACGUCUCGGCGGGCGCCGUGCACGCGCGCGACCUGCUCGCGCUGCUCAUCGCUAGCGGCCUGCUCAUGGCCAUCGUGCACACGCGCGCCUCGCGCGCCUUUGGCGCCGUGCUAUUCGCCAGCUACGCCGCCUACCUCGUCUGCGAGGUCGUCGUCUGGAGCCGAGGUGUGGCGCACUGACAGGAGGAACGCCGGAGAAGCAAUUUAUGUGUCUGAC